AUGAGCGCGACGCGUGCGAUGCUCGCGGCCGGCGCGGCGACGGGCGCGGGAGCGCGCCAGGCUUCGAUCGCCCACCGCCCGGCGAACGGUACCGCCCGGGGCCCGGUGGCUCCCGCGGCGGUUCCGCUGCGCCGCGGUGCGCGCGCCUGGGGCGCCAGACCCCGCGCGCGGAGGUCCCGCGCGUUCAUCGCCGCCGCCACCGACGGAUCCGACGACGGAUCCGACGACGCCGCGCGCGUGGAUCCCGCCAGCUUCGGCAGGACCGCGCGCCGGAUGACAAUCGUCGAGCGGGGCGUCGACUCGGGAUCCUCCAUCCGCAGGACCGCGCAGGCGGCGGUCGUCGCCGCCGCCGCCAUGUUCGGCGGCGUCGGCGUCGCGCACGCGGCGGCAUCCUCCUCCGCGGCCGACGCCUCGCGAGGAGGAGCGACGUCGUCCGUCGUCGGGCCGUCCCAUCAUCGCGGCGCGGCUGAUCGCGACGCCGAGCUCUUCCAGAUCGCAGACGCCGACGACGACAAGGAAGCGGCGGCGCGCGCGAAGAAGCUCGCCGAGGUGCGCCGCAUCAAGCAGGCUCGCAAGGAGAAGAUGGAGGCGGCCAAGAAGAAGAACAAGGGCGAGGACGACGACAAGGGCGGUAAAAAGGGCGGAAAGGGGGGGAAGGCGACGGCGGAGGACAAGGAGCUCGCCAAGGAGCUGGCAGAGAGGAAGCGGCAGUAUCGCAUCGAGGCUGCCAAGAAGAAGGCUUUCGCGGCUGCCCUCGAGCGCGAGCGCGCGGCGGUCGCGGAUGAGCUGGAUUCCGAACUCCCAAUCGACGAGUCGGCGUACGCUUCCGAGGAGACGUACGAGGAGGACGUCGUCGAGGAGGGGAAGGGUAAGGAGGGUAUGUUCAAAAAAUCCAAAAAGGAUGAGGACGCUUCGGGCGAGGAACGUCGCGGCCUGUCCGUCGGGGGCAUAUCCCUGCCCACCUUCGGGCUCUCCGCCGAAGAGCGGGCGGAGCGGGCACAUGAGAGGGCGUAUAGGGAGGCGUUGAAGCUGGACAACGUCGAUCGCGUCAUGUUGGGCGACGAGCCCGAGCUGACGGUGAAGCAGAAAAUAACCAAGUUCCUGGACGAGAACAUCCCGGUGGGGCGGUUCACGCGCAACGUCAACCUCACCUAUCUCCGCGACCCGUUCGCGGUGAAGGGCACGAAGUGGGCGCCGUGUGAGAUGUCGUACACGGGAUUUUACGACCUCUGCGAGGUUGGCCGUGUCAAGAGGGUCGAGUACAUGCCCAACAUGAACACGGUCAAGUUCUUCCUGUACGACACCGACGAGGUGUUCUACGCCAACCUCCCUUACGACCCGACGCUGUACAAGCUGCUGAUCGAGAAGAAGAUCGACGUCAUCAGCAAGCAGCACUCGCCGUUAGAGCUGUUCUUCCGGGGCCUGGCCCACGCGGGAGCGCCGAUGAUAUUGCUGUGGUUCAUCUUUGUAAUCUGGCAAGAUAUGAAGGAGGACACCACGGAGGGUACCACGCUGAUGAACACUGGCACGGCGAAGACGUACAGCUCCACCCCGGAGUUCGGAAUGAACAUGGACGACAUCGCGGGCAUCGACGUGAUCCGCCAGGAGAUGGACGAGCUCAUCUCCUACCUCCGCGAUUACCAGAGGUACGUGAGGGCGGGCGCGUCCAUCCCCAUGGGCGUCCUCCUGUGCGGACCCCCGGGAACGGGCAAGACUUUGCUCGCCAGGUGCUUGGCGGGCGAGGCCGGGGUGCCCUUCUUCGCGUGCGCGGGCACCGAGUUCAUGGAGAUGUUCGUGGGCGUGGGCGCGGCGCGCAUUCGCAACCUGUUCAACCAGGCGCGCAAGUGCCGCCCGUGCAUCAUCUUCAUCGACGAGUUUGACUCGGUCGCCGUGCGCAGAAAAGACGCGGCGGCGAUGGAGGGCAACGACGAGCAGGUGGCCACCAUCAACCAGCUCCUUACCGAGAUGGACGGCUUCGGCGGCAACAGCGGCGUGAUGGUGUUCGCCGCGACGAACAGGCCGCACGUCAUCGACCCGGCGCUGAUCCGACCCGGCCGCUUUGACCGCGUGAUCGAGAUGCCCCUCCCCAACCGAGAGGCCCGCAUGGACAUCAUCGACCUUCACUGCUCGUAUCAGGUCUUCGAGGGCAUGAUCGACCCCGACCUCGACGUCGCGCUGAUCGCGAGGCAGUGCGCGGGAUUCACCGGCGCGGACCUCGAGAACCUCGUCCGCACCGCCGCCCAGCGCAACUCCGCGACGCUCAAGAGGGAUAGAAAGCCCGCGGGUGACCGGGUCUUCCUCGACGUCAUCGACGAGAUUCGCCGCUCCAACGUGUUCAAGGCCACCGGCCAGGGCACCGUGGGGGAGACGGACGACACGACGGAGAAUGCGCUCAUCCAGCAGAUGAACCCCUACAUCCGCGACGUCAUCUGCACCUACUACGCGGCUCAGACGCUGGUCUCGAUGAUGGUUCCCGGUUUCGACGAGGUGGCCAAGGUGAGGGUGUUCGCCGCGGGCGAGGAGUCUGGCCAGGUGGUGUACGUCCCCGACGAGGUUGGCUCGUCCGGCGCGUCGAACGUGAAGCGCAAGGCUUGGUACGAGGCCAAGAUCGCCGUCCUCGUCGCCGGCCAGAUGGCGGAGAGGUACCUCUACGGACCCGACAAGGUUUCGCAAUUCGGCAACCUCGACAUGCGAGAGGCCACCGCGCUGGCGUGCGAGAUGGUCAUGAUGCACGGGUGGUCGGACAUCGGCCCGAUUUGCGUUCUUCGCGCGGACUCCACCGAGGAGAAGUACCUCAAGGGCGGGGUGAACAAGGGGAGCCAGACCGGGGGCAUGGACUCUGGGCGAACCCGCGGUAAGCUCUGGGGCAUCCCCCCCGGAAAGGACGGCACGCUCGCCGAGGGCCGCAAGGCCAAGUACAAGGAGGAACCCGGAUUGGAGCUCCAGAUGGAGCUCAGCGACGAGCUCGACAUGCUCAUCGCCAACGAGGUUCGUAAGAUAUUCAUCAAGGCGUGCCAGCGAGCGGUGAUGAUCAUGCACGAUCCCAAGGGCACCGAGAUGCUCUUCACGCUCCGCGAGGCUCUCGGCACGGCCAAGGAGGUCAACGGCCCGAACCUUCGCGCGGUGUUCAAGAAGUUUGGCCUCCACAAGCCCCCGAACUUCGACCUGUGGGACAUCAACUGGGGUAAAAACGACGAGCUGUACUGGGACGAGUUCACCGAGUACAUCUGGGCGGACGACGCGUCGAGCACCACGUUCUGGAAGCUCGUGUCCGACCAAUGGCGUCGCACGGUGGCGGACCCCACGGCGUCCGUCGUCGCCGGAGACGGUUCCAACUCCGUUCCGCCGGACGUCCCGGAGUGGGCCAAGGAGUUCGUCAGGUCCUUACCCGUCGGGGGGCAGGAGGAGAUGCUGAUGUACGCGCCCAAGGAGGUUCAGGACAGGGUACGGGACGGCAAGCCGGCUGUGUACACCGGACCGGGGUUCGGCACGAGGGACGCUCGAGUCCUUCGAGGCGAACUAGACGACACCAUCCCGGCGAAACCGACGGAGUGA